GGAUGAUGAGCUUGAGAGUUUAAUGACAAUUUGUUUCUUGCGUAGUGAUGCAGAGUCACUCACAUCUUACAACAUGCGUCCAAAUGCCAUUAUAGUUUCCCUAGGACUGGCGGUUUUGCAGGCAGAAGGAUAUCAUCCUAUUUUGGUUGGUUUCCUUUUUCUCUUCCAUUCUUUGAAUAUGAUCCAAGCAUAGUAGCGGAAGUACAUGUUGACAGUCUCUGUAUCGUAGAAUACCGUAGCAUCUGAUAAUACAAGCACGAUCCAUAUUCGCGAUGUCGCACCUACGACCACAUCUGACGCUCCCGCCAAUUCCACCUCAGCUGCCUCUGGCCCAGUUGGCAUCGAUGUGUGUGAUGGUUCACCCAUCCGCAAGGGGCCCGAAUUAUCGUUCAACGCCAACAAGAGAGCGACAAUUGGGAUAGUCUGGUAGAUAACCCAAGCUCUCCUGCUACUCUUUACGCAGAUAGAGAAACUCACAAUAACGACCAUGGCUAUCAUUGCCAUAAUAUAGGGAUUGGAAUGGAAAGACGCCAACUUUUAUAGGAGUAAUUAUAGGAGCAUACGAGGAGAAUUUUCAAAGGUCUAAAGUUGAAGGAAUCGCGAAGAGAGGAUAUGCGAAUCACCGUCGAGCUGAAAAUACUAGUCCUCCAGCUACCCUUCAUAAACGAGAUGAUCCAAAUACAUCGAGCUCUAUGUUUGGUCUUUUGGGGAUUGUGUUGGGCGAUAUUACAUCCACCAUCGGUGUUGAAGAAGCAGGGUCUCCUCCAGGUUGGUAAUAUCCGCAGCGGGCACUUUUGAGUCUCAUUGUUUGACGAAGAGGUAGAUGUGAAUUGAAGGAUAAUACACUGUUGUUCGAUACACGAAAAUCAGAAUCAGAAUAGAUGACACUUUAUUUGAGAUAGAUUAAUUGAUAUGGAAGA